AUGGUAGAACAUUUUAUUACAACUGUUUUAAUAGUAUUUUUAAUACAUGCUACAUGUUUUCAUUUAUUCACUGCAAAAUCGGUUCCUAUCGAUGAUCGACAUCGAAGUAAGCAAUAUCUUGGAUCAACAUUGGCCGAAUCGGUUCAAAUUGAUGAAGCAAUGACACAUCUUAAAGAACUAGAACGCAUUGCUAUGGCUAAUAAUGGAAAUCGUGCUGCUGGUACCACUGGUUUCAAUCAAACGCUGGAUUAUUUGGUGAAAUAUUUAUCAACUCACACUAAUUUUAAAAUUACUAAAACUGAUUUCCAUGUACGAGAUUCUAAACUUAAAUACGAUCCAGUUCUUCUAUCAUCGAUUGAUGGAACUAUCACCAAUCAUACGUAUUCAAAAGAUUAUUCUGAAGCUGAAUUUUUUCGAGUUCGUUAUUCCAAAUCGGCUAAUUUCUCCAGUUUCAUACCAGUGACUGUUAUUCCAAAUAGUGGCUGUUUCGAAGCUGAUUGGAUACAAGCAAAUCCACCGAUUUCAGGUCAUGUAGCUUUAGUCAAACGGGGUGCAUGUACUUUUAUCGAACAAAGCACUCUUGCUGCAAAGUUUAAUGGGGCAGCCCUGUUGCUAUAUAAUGAUGGAACAUCGCCUAAUCACAUGUUACCCAUGGUCGUCGAUAUGGCACAGAGCUAUGCUAUACCAGCACUCUCUCUUUCGUACGAUCUCGGAGAAAGACUUGCUAAUGCAGCUCGAAAUCCGUGGAAAAUGGUAGGUGUUCGCAUUACUAAUAUACUCUUAAACGAGGAAUCGUUUGCCGUCGGUAACAUCUGUGUUGACACUCCCACUGGCGAUCCUACUCAAACAAUUGUGGUUGGCAGUCACAGUGAUAGUGUAUACUCUGGGCCUGGCAUUAACGACGAUGGUAGUGGUAGUGCAGCCAACCUUGCCUGGACUGUAGGUUUGGCACGUCUUUUUCAAACGUCUACUUAUGCUAAAUAUAAAUAUCGCUUAAGAUUCUGUUGGUGGGGUGCCGAAGAAAAUGGAAUUCUCGGUUCGAAAUAUCAUGUUGCACAAGCUAAACAGUCCACCGUUGUUGGUGAACGCCUCAUUGAUUAUGUAGCAUAUCUCAAUUUUGAUAUGAUCGGUUCGACCAACUUCCAAUUUGCUACUUAUGAUGGUCGAACAGCUAACAAUGACACUUUGCCGUCAGCCAUUGUUGGUAGUUACAAAAUUUCACAAGCUUUUCGCGAUUGGUUUAUUCAGCAGAAUUUACCAUGGGAUUUUGUUGAAUUUGGUUAUGGUAGUGAUUAUGCGCCGUUUUUAAUCGAAGGUGUACCUGUCGGUGGUCUUUAUUCUGGUUCAGAUGAUAUUAGAACACAAGAGGAAUGUGAUCGCUAUAAUCAACUUCUUGGUCCAGACCAUUGCACUGUGGCAAAUGUCGAGCAUGAUCCAUGUUAUCACGAGGAUUGUGAUACAGUUGAGAAUAUUAACGUAUUUGCUUAUGAUAAAAUGAUAAAAGCAGCCGCUUCUACCAUUGAAAAUCUGGCUCGACAACCAGAUUUGAAAUCAUGGUUAUAUUCAUCAACAUAA